AUUAUAUAUGGAAAACCGGCAAUAAUAAUAAUCAAUCACCGCCCAAUAAUUGGAUCAGCGAUUUAUAUUUAGCGGCCCUGCUUGGAGCUUUGAUACGAAUCGUAAUCAAUGGUAUUUUCAUCAAUUUGAAUAUAGGCAACCUGAUCUGAAUUAUAGUAACCCCGAGGUGCGAGAUGAAAUGGAAGAUGUGAUUAGAUUCUGGCUACGAAAAGGCAUCGACGGAUUCCGUGUGGAUGCUAUUCCGCAUUUGUUCGAAGAUGCAAAUUUUCCGAAUGAAUCCAGAAGUUACGCGCCAGGAGCUACUGAACGUGAUUAUUCGUAUUUAGAGCAUAUUUACACUAAAGACGAUCCACGCACGUACGAUCUGGUAGCAAGUUGGCGAAAAGUUUUGGACGAUUACGCGGAUUAUCAUAACGAGGAUGAAAAAGUGAUAAUGACUGAAGCUUAUACGAGUUUGGAGAAUACUACGAAGUAUUAUAAAUUUGGCUCACAUGUGCCUUUUAACUUCAAAUUUAUUUCUGAUGUGAAUAAUGUUUCUAAAGCUGCGGAUUUUAAACGCAUUAUCGAUGACUGGAUGUCUCAAACGCCGAAUGAUGAGAGUCCAAAUUGGGUGAUGGGAAAUCAUGAUAAAAGUAGAACUGCAUCUCGUUAUCCUGGAAGAGGAGAUCAAAUGAUAAUGUUAGAGAUGAUCUUACCUGGUAUCGCAGUUACUUACAAUGGCGAAGAAAUCGGCAUGCUUGAUAAACGGGAUAUAUCUUGGGAGGACACACAGGAUCCUCAAGCUUGUAAUGCUGGGAAGGAUAAAUAUCAGAAUCUAUCGCGCGACCGCAAUCGCACGCCAUUUCAGUGGGAUGCCACAAAGAAUGCUGGUUUCAGUAAAGCUAAUCACACAUGGCUUCCUGUACAUGAAAACUAUAUCGAAUUGAAUUUAGCAAAGCAAAAAAUCGCCAACGAGUCACAUUACAAGAUCUAUACUUCUUUAAUUAAGAUGCGUCAACGCGAAGCAGCGCUACAACAGGGAAAUCUUACGACGUUGGUACAGAGUAAUGACCAAGUCUUGAUUGUAAUUCGGCAGUAUAAUGAGCAAUGCAUAGUACUUCUUAUCAAUUUCAAUGACAAAAUCGCCCAAAUAGUCGAUUUAACGAGCCAAGGACUUGCAAACGAACUUGUUGUUGAAGUUGUCACUAUCGGUUCUCCAAUUAAAAAAGGAACGACGGUGAACACAAAAGAAAUAAACUUGCCUGCUAAAGCUGCUCUCGUUCUUGCUUCAAAAAAGAAGUAA